CAGAGCUCUACAUUACAGUCUAAAGUACAAUUUCUGCUUUGAAUGUACCCUUAUUGAAAUUUGCUUAGUAUGUAGAGAUUUAACUUAUUGUAUGUCUGUCCUUACGUAGAGUUAUUAUAGCAGGAACCAUGGGAAUGUCCCUUUUUAUGCAAUACGUAGAAGACGCAUGACUUUCAUAUGUUUCUGAUUCAUUCGUGUAUGAAUAAAGGAAGUUUCCAAAGAAGGCAAUUGGGCAAUAGAGCAGCUUUCACUUUAGUGAGACCUAUACACAACUUGCCGUGUACAGAAGGUCUUUUCAUGAAUACUCGGUGGAAGGACUUACUGUUUGGAGAGGGGGAAGCAGAAGGCUGGAAGAGGAAUGUUGUGUAUUAAUCCUGUGUAAUCAUGAAGUCUCUGCGCUGGUUUCAAUAUUUUUUUUUCUAGGAAGAAUCGAAUUGCUCAGCUGUGUGUACUGAAUCUCCCCUGACUGUUACGGAGUAUACACAGAAGAAAUGGAGCCAAGAAACAUCUCUGUCAUUCGGUUCAUGGCUGUGACUUCUUCUAUGGUGGGCCGCACAACCACUGCAAAUUACAACAACACGGAUUGCACCAGCAUCAUGAAGGAAAGAAACAACAACCUGGAACUUUUCUUGUUUAUCUUUCGUAUACUUGUGUUGGUUUUCGGGGUGAUAUUUAACUCCUUGGCAAUCUGGGUUUUCUGCUUUAAGAUGAAAAAAUGGACAGAGACAAGAGUCUUUAUGAUGAACCUCCUUCUUAGUGACUGCUGUCUUCUUUUUACACUUCCCUUUCGCAUCUAUCUCACCCGGCACUCAAUUAAUCUGGGUGCUAAAUUCUGCGAUGCACUCGUGUCGUUUUAUUUCAUGAACACAUAUAUAGGCAUUUCCACCAUCACCUUGAUAUCUGUGGACAGAUAUGUGGCCAUAAAGUUUCCACUAAGAGCAAGAUCUUUUCGUUCUGCCAAGAAGGCAGCUAUAGCUUGUGUGAUUGUCUGGUUCCUCUUCAUUGCCACCCGUCUCUACCUUGACCUGCUCGCAACUCCACCGUCAAGAAACUCAUCUCUGUGCUUCCAAAAAGCCAACACCAAACCGUUAAAGAGAACAUUGUAUUUUUCUAUUCUGGGCUUUUGUGUUCCAAUGCUUAUAUUAGUUUACUGUUCCACACAAAUUAUCCUCACCCUAAAGAGGAAGGAGAAAAUUAAUGCUCAAGAGGAGAAAGACAUUCAGAAAACUGUCAACAUAGUAACCACAAAUAUGGCAAUUUUCUUGCUUUGUUUUUUGCCCCUUGGCGUUGGAAAUAUAGUGCGAUUUAUUAUGGAAUCCAUGAAACUGGAAUGCUCAGUGUUAAAAACUGUUAGUGACUUUGCCCUUUUUGCUCAGGGCCUGAGUGAUCUGAACUGCUGCUUGGACAGUGUCUGCUAUUACUUUGUGGCCAAAGAAUUCUGGGAAAAAGUAUCUUUAUUUCCAAAGUCUAAAAAACAUCUGAUGCAGGACCAGACCCAGGAGUCCAGCAUCUAGAACAGAAAUCCUAUACUGUGUCAUGUUGAAAUCACAGAUUACCACUAUCUUUGUUGUAAAAAGAUCUUUAUGGGACCAAGGCUGACUUCAUAAAUUGUAGCAAAGUUUGGUUACAACAUUUCUUACAGUUUUAUAUUGCUAUAAUUUAUCUCUGUGUUAUGUACGUGCAGUGCAGUCACUGUCUCUGUGUAAGGAUACCAAGCCAUAGUUUCUUACUAGUGUGACCAGAUAGGUGAAAACUACACAAAGGAGGCCAGACUCAUAACUUAAUGCAACCAUACUAUUUAUUAGAGCCGGUUCACACUUCCGCGGCACGACUUCGGGGGAGACUCUGCAAGUCGUCCUGAA